GCCCGCGCGGGCGCCAGUCGCUGACAGCCGCGGAGCUGCGAGCUGCGCCGUCCCGCAGAGGCAGGGUUCCUGGAUAUAUUGGAAAACUGAACAAUUUCAGCAAAGCUGAAGCAUUCUCUUCCUGGAGGCACAAAUCCAGCUUAGCAGAACCACGACAGAUAUAAGUCACCAUGGUGAAAAGCCACAUAGGCUACUGGAUGCUGGUUCUCUUUGUGGCCACAUGGAGUGACGUAGGCCUCUGCAAGAAGCGCCCGAAGCCUGGAGGAGGAUGGAACACUGGGGGGAGCCGAUACCCGGGGCAGGGCAGUUCUGGAGGUAACCGCUACCCACCCCAGGGUGGUGGCGGCUGGGGUCAGCCCCACGGCGGUGGAGGCUGGGGUCAGCCCCACGGCGGUGGAGGCUGGGGACAGCCCCAUGGUGGUGGCGGCUGGGGUCAGCCCCACGGCGGUGGAGGCUGGGGACAGCCCCACGGUGGAGGCUGGGGUCAAGGUGGUGGCACCCACAAUCAGUGGAACAAGCCAAGUAAGCCAAAAACCAACAUGAAGCAUGUGGCAGGAGCUGCCGCCGCUGGGGCAGUCGUUGGGGGCCUCGGCGGCUACAUGCUGGGGAGUGCCAUGAGCAGGCCCCUCAUGCACUUUGGCAAUGAGUAUGAGGACCGUUACUAUCGUGAGAACAUGAACCGCUACCCCAACCAAGUGUACUACAAGCCGGUUGAUCAGUACAACAACCAGAACAACUUCGUGCACGACUGCGUCAACAUCACAGUCAAGCAGCACACAGUGACCACCACCACCAAGGGCGAGAACUUCACCGAGACAGACAUCAAGAUAAUGGAGCGCGUGGUGGAGCAGAUGUGCAUCACCCAGUACCAGAAAGAGUACCAGGCCUCUUACCAGAGAGGGGCCAGCAUGAUCCUCUUCUCCUCCCCGCCUGUGAUCCUCCUCAUCUCUUUGCUCAUCUUCCUGAUAGUGGGAUGAGGACAGCUUCCUGCUUUCACCGUCUUCAUCUUUUAUCAGGUUGGGGAUGGGUACCUACCUGCAGCCCUUUUAGUGGUGGUGUCUCCUUGCUUCUCUCUUCGUCACCCAUAGGCUAAUACCCUGGCACCAAUGGGCACUGGGAAAUGUAGAGUAGACCAGGAUGCUAGCCAUGCAAGCCCCGUUCCACUGGGUCCUUCUGGGCCAGUGCUGAUGCCAGGCUGAUAAGAGUGUAACAGCAAAUGACCACUGGCUGAUCUGGGCUUAUUUUUUGUCUUGUGCAAUGGGUUGAGGCUCAAACAAUACUCAAAAUAGUCUUUAAACACUUGCCUAAAAACCUCCAACUUCUUCCCCAGCUCGAGCUCAGUACAGUAAUUCCCCAUCUUAGCAGUGAUUUCGUAGCAAUUUAAAGACAUUUUCUCAUCUGUUUUUGAAAACCUGACUGCAUUUCCCUGCUCAAGCAGCAUUUCUGCCAAAUUUGGAAGGAGGCCACAUGAUACUCAUUCAGAAGCAAAACUAGAGAGCCUUGGCUCUUGGGCACAGGCUCAGCCCAAGCCACAGCCUGUGCCUGUGUCUACAGAGACUGUGACGGUGUUUGCAUUUUACGCUAUGGGCUAUACAGUAACAGCCACUGCACCAAGAGUGACCAUUCACACAAUACUAGACCCCUGGGCAGAGGAUAUUUUCACAGGGGAUGAACACAGCCAACAUGAAAGGCUUCUAGGACUGGAAAACCUCACAUUUAGGAGCAGUGUCCUUGGAGGCAAGCUCCUCCUGUGCCGGAUGUUUAAAGUUCCCACACGUGGCAUUCCUUUCUUUAAUAACAUAAACUGUAGAUUAAGACAGUAAAAAAAAAAAAAAAAAUUACCUUCUGAACGUUGAGAGCAAAUCUCCUUUGUUUACUCAGAAACUAGAAUGAAUGUGACAUGGUCUGGUUGAAGCCAGGAGAUUUUAACAUGGAAGCAGCAGCAGCUGUAAAUACACCAUUAUCAGAGAGGAUUAUGUGAUAAUGAAAAUGAUUAGCGCGCUAAGAAAAGGCAUGCAUUUCUUCAUUACUGUCUCAUAAUUAUCAAAGAACAGAACUAGGUCGAGUCUUCAGUUGCUGUAUUUGGCUUUUGAAUCAGAAAAUAGGAAGGCAAUCAAAAAAAGUCUUAGGUUGGAGAUGACAGAAAUUUGAUCCAUUCAGAGUAGAAAAAGAAAUUCUGUUGCCGUUGUUUAAAUAAGGUAAAAUUAUUCCCUGGGUCGUUCAAUAUUGUCACGUAGCAGAUAUAGAUUACUAUCCUGCAAUGUUACUGGCUUGCACUGUGCAGGUAUUCUAUGUAAAAUAUAUAUAUAUAUGUUGCAUAUGACAAACUUAGAAGUUUUGGUUAGAGAAGUAUCUAAUGCAUCACUGGUUUUUGUAAGGUACUAAAUGCUUAAUAUGUGGGAAGCUCGUGUGUGGUCCUUAGGCUUACAAUGUGCACCAAAUAGUUUUGUAUAAGGAUCCAAAGUGGUCUUUGAAAUAUGCAUGUACUUUAUAUUUUCUAUAUUUGUAACUUUGCAUGUACCUGUUGUAUAAAAAAUUUACAAAUGUUUAAUAUCUGACUAAAAUUAAACGGGAGCUAAGAUGAGCACGUUCUUGGAGUUUGUGAUUGUGUUCUUUAGUUCCCGCCCUGUGUUGGCUGGUUCAUCUGAGCAAAGUGACACUUUCAGAUGUCACACCACCUGUGAAUGCCAGUAUGUCACAUGCCACUCCUGGUCCUGCCCUCUGCCUUUCAGCCACUUGCCAGCUGAUCUUUGCUGCCUUUUCACACUGUUCACAGUAUCUCAGUGGGCCUGGCCCACACUGACUGGCAAAGGUACCUGCCUGCAGAGGAAGAUAGGCUUGCCCUCUGGAAGCUGUUUUCUGUCCUGGACUUGCAAGCUCUGUGAGCUCCUGUGACCAUUUGCUCCUUUUGGUUUGAAAUUCAACCCUGUAAGUCCAGUAGGCCACUUUGAUUUGUCAAGGCCUCCCAACUUAUUCUGCACUAAUUUCCUGCCUUCCCAAAUGUGGCACAGCCCAGAUGCCCUGGGUUUUCCUUGGCAGAGCUUUUCUUCUGCAGCUGUAACUUCUACCAACUAGGAGAAAUCACAAGAAGUGACUAGUGAUUGAAAUCAUCAUGUUUACUAAUACCUGAGCAAACGCCAAUGAUCUGCAGUGAUCAGAGGAUGAACUUUGAAAGUAGGAUGGCACUUACUCAUGCCUUGCUCCCUCUUGUUUGGCUAAGUACUGAGUUAUUUUGUAAUUGUGAAAAAGACUGGAAAGAUAAAAACCACCUAGAAACUCCACCAGAGAGACAAAUGAUCUCUCCCUAGUGAAAAGCAUUGCUCAUUUAUAAACAAACGUCAAAGUUAAUUUAACGUCAAAAUUUCUACAGCUAUAUUCAUGCUGCCUUUUUGCCCAUUU